AUGCUUGCUGCCAACACAGAUGCUGUUCAAAAAGACAAUGAUGUGGCCAAUGAUACUGCUACUCUAUCUAAUAUCACAUCAACUUUCGAUUCUAGCAUCCCUUGUCUAAUUUUACCAAACGACGUGGAUGCUGCAAUAUCUCGUCCAGCAACUCCUGUAGAUAGACAUACAAGAAAGCAAUACUCAUUAUUGGCCAUAUUUUUGAUGUUGGCUGAGUAUUGUCUUGAGUUGAUUGUUGGACUUACUAAACGAGUCUUGUUGCCUUCCCGACCUGGUCAAACUUUUUUGUCCAAAACAUAUUCACCAGAUACAGCAUCGGUUAUAAAAACAGCUUUGCCUCGAUUGUUGUCAUUGAAAUAUCAGCCUGGUUAUUGUGGUUCAGACGCAGUGCACUCUGCCCAACGACUUGAAUUAUGUCUGAUGCGACUAAAAGCGGAUCUACAGGAGCUUUUGGACAUAUCCAAGAUCGCGUUCAUCAUUGACUCCAACUCUUCAUCUGGCGAGGGUAUGGUAUCUGCUCAAACCAACAUUGAACCACAGAGCAAAGUAGAAUGUUUGGAGCAUGGUGACUUUUUGUCAUUAAAAAAGCUUUCCUUUGCUCAAUUUGAUUCACUGCGGAAAACCUUGAUACAUAGAUUUGGAACCAUUGCUUUAGUUAUUACCGAGCCUAUUCGACUGGUACUCCAACUGUCAUUUGAGAUUUCAGAGCUUCAGCUUCAAGUUUACCAAAAACUGCACAUAUAUCCGUUUGCAGAGUCAUUUUUCAGCCCAAAAAAGAUCAAAGUUGAUCAGAGACCGGGCACAAAGUUUAUUCAGCAAGAUGUAUUGCACUGUUUAGUUCUUUUACAAGAUACCAUCAGGCAUCAUCGUAGAUUGUCUGAUUAUAUACCAAGCAAAUUGCUCGAGACUGACUCGCAAAGGUCAACGGAGCCAUUUUCAAAUAAUAACCUUUGUGUAGCAAUUCCAUCUGCUCCUCCACCGCCACCUCCACCUCCGCCAUUUCCUUUAAUCAUACAGCCCACACCUGAUUUGUCUACAAAAAAAAGUGGUUUGAUCAGAUCCACAGUAUGUCCAAUUCCCAAAAGUUAUAUUCCAAAUCUAUCCGAAUCAAUCAAAUCAGUCAAGCUUGUACAGUCAAAACAUUUCGAGACCCGACUUCCAAGAUCCACACCCAAUCAUUUUCAAGCAGAUACUUUACAAUAUUCUAACACAGACUUCCUACCAAGCAAAUCCGGAAUAGAACUUCAAACAGCACUCCAAUCUGGUCGACGUAAGCUGAGAACAAUAUCUACUCCGCGAACACCAAGUGGAACACCUAUUCCUACAGAAAAAUCACGUCAGUGUAUUGCUCCUAAUGAUAUCAUCCAUGCAGCACUUUUAAAAAAGUUUAAAUCCAUUCAACACAAUUGA